ACAUUGCUAAUUCGAAAAGAAAAGCAAUAAAAGGAAAACAAUCUUUUCUGAGCAAACAUUAGUGGGUUGAAAAAUUUGUAAAGUUCAAGAGUUCAGUCUUUGUAACUGCUGAAACCUCGACACACCCUUCUGCUCUCACAAGCCAGAUCAGCAGUUAGAGAAAGGUGUAGUGUCAAAACAAAUCCCUUUUGGUAUUUUGCCAGUGAAAGAGAACUAAAGCAAAAGAAUCCACAAGGAAAUACAAGUUAUGUAACGUCAACAUCAAGAAGCCAAAGGACAUGGAAAACUCAGUGUCUAUUGCACCUUACCCUGAAAAUUUGAACAUAAAUGACAUGAAAGCAGGGACUUCUCCAAAAAGAACAUGUGAGUAUGGUAAUGUCUCUAGUAGUGGGGUGGAGGCCAGUGGCAGCUCAGUGCACCAUGUGGAGGCCAAUGGUGGAUACAGUCAUCAGGCCAGUCCCGCUGUGCAGGCCUUGCAUAACCUGCAGAGUCCAGAACAAAUAUCUUACAAUGAUACUGAGGACAUAUCAGUUUCUGAACCACUCAGUGAAGGUAGCAUAGUGUUAAGUGGAAGCCAAUGGGAUAUGAACAAUGAAUUUGAAGAAGAUAUUGAGGAAAGAAGUAUAUCUGAGUCUGUGUCAAUCAGUGAUAAUCUGCAGGAACAACUGCAAAGACAACAGUGGGAAAACAGAAACAAGAAAGACUUUGGUAACCAUGACCUAGAUAAGUCUAGCUGUAAUCAAGAGAGGAAUAUACCAUCAUCCUUUGAGCCCCUGGGAGAGCCAGACCUGGUGAUUGAAGUGACUGGGGGACAAAGGAUCAGAGCUCAUAAAUCCGUUUUAGCUGAGAAAAGUGACUAUUUCAGAGCUCGAUCUUCGAGAGACAUUCUUAAGAUUAAGGGUGUAAGUUACAAGACUUUACAGUUGCUUGUGGAUUAUAUAUAUAGCAUGAAGCUUGAGGUGAAGCAAGAUAAUGUAGUGGAAGUUAUCAGUGGAGCAAAGUUCCUACAGAUCCCUUGUGCUGUGCAGUGUGCCAUGGAUAGCAUGAGAGCCCAAAUAACGCUCAAGAAUUGCUAUCAAGUACUUUAUAUUGCUAAAAAGCAGAGACUAAAUGAGCUCAAAGAGGCAGCCUACAAAUUCAUGAGUGACAACUUCCUUCAGGUUCUGAGAGAUCCAGCAGUCUAUGGCCGACUGACAGGAGCAGAGAGAGACCUGAUUCUGCAGCGCAGAAUGGAUGGAAAGCAGUAUUUGGUAGUAGCAGAAAUCAAUGAUGCCUUUGAGCGAUUGAGCAGUAGUAGUAGACCCCCAAGCCGAGAAAGCAGCAGGCCACAGAGUCCUUCAUCAGUUGUUUCACUAGAGGAUGAUGCAACUACGUAUCAGGUACAGUGCUACAAUGAAAGCACAGGGCGUUGGAGAUCUCUUACUAAGCUACCAGAAGAGGUAAACACUAAAGGCUGUGGGAUAUGUGUUCUUUAUAACUAUCUAUUCCUUGCCGGGGGCAUUAAAGGUAGUGGCCAAAAGGCAAAACUUUCUGACCAGGUCUUUUGCUAUAACCCAUUAACUGAUUCUUGGGAAAAGAUCCGACCACUCACACAGCCCCGUUCCCAGCUAAAACUUUUGGCCCUUGAUGGCUAUCUGUAUGCUAUUGGGGGUGAGUGCCUCUUUACAGUGGAAAAGUAUGAUCCUAGACUGGACCGUUGGAGCCCAGUUGCACCGUUACCUAAGGGUGCAUUUGCUGUGGCUCAUGAAGCUACAACUUGUAAUGGUGAAAUUUAUGUAUCCGGUGGGACUCUUUUCUACCGUCUUCUAAAGUAUGAUCCCAAGAGGAAUGAAUGGCAAGAGUGUCCUUAUAACAAUAGCCGGCGGCGCUCUGCUGGUAUGGUGUCCCAUAAAGGCUGCAUCUACCGUUUUGAUGUCAGUCGGGAACAUGGUCUUAGCGUGUUCACCUACAAUUCAAUGGCCAGGCACUGGAGUGAAGGGGUCAACUUACGUCCUGGUCCAGGACCACCAACACCCAGUUUACCAUUCCGAUGCACAGUGAUCGGAAGUAACAUCUUCUGUAUAAAUCGUGCUAUCACUAUAAAAUUACCAUUGCCACCAGAGGGAAGUGGGGGAGAGAUGUGGAACUGUGAGCCAGAGCUCUCCCAUUCCCCAGAAGAGGCUAAGGGGGUCUUAUAUCCAUUUGUUCUGUAUUUGGCUGAAAGCAAGUCAGUCCAUUAGCAGUCUAGAGUUGCAUAUUUAUAUUUCUUCAUUGGCAUGUUUUUAACUGUUCAUUAAUUAGGAUGACCAAAUACAUACAUAUAUGCCAAGUUCACACAGUACCACAAAUCGUGCAUGUCACUGUACAGUUAACAUGAAUAACUAAGGCAUCUUUGUAAAUGAAAACCAGGACAUAAACUCUCGUAUCAGGAUAAUAUUGCAUGUAGUAGUGAUUUUACUGUGUUUAAAAUGAGCCAUGUGGUGGGAUUUUCAACUGGAGUGAAGAAAUCUAUGGUAAAUAAUGCAAAUGAAUUGUGAAAAGCUGCUAAAUCUUGGAAUGUGCAUUGAAUG